GAGCACAGCACAAACAUUUGUAUAGGAACACAACACAGCGGAGCAGAACCGAAGAAAACCUAUCCAAAGCUCAUUACCGAAUGUAGCUCCUGUCCUUCUUCUCAUGCCUGGACACAUAGCAAGAAAAAGGUCUACAACAACUCUGCUGUCAAAAGAUAGGUAGGAUAAUGGCAUUGACCUGCUGGUUGUAUGGUGCUGAACAUCUAUAGACACAUUAUGGAUUAAUACAAUCUCUGGGAACUUGGAGACCAUGUUCACAUGUGAAGUAUUUCUAUAUACCUGAAGCUAUUUUGUACUGGCACUGGAAUAAGUCUUACCUGUUUCUGGACUACCUGUCAUUUUAUAAUAAUACACUGCUUUUCUCAAAAGUAGGAUUGCUUAAUACUUUUGGAACUUGGAAAUCCAUUGUUUCAAGUAGCUGCCAACUGUCUUCUUCUUGAAGCCUACUGGUGUAGUACUAGUAGUCAGAAUGGAAAAGGAAAAGAAGAGCAGUAGCUUUAAAAGACUGGGGAAGUUCUUCAAGGGCAAAUCUGCAGACCCUGAGAAAGCAGUUGAUGAAGUCCACAUAAAGGAGGUACACUUAGGGCCUGGAGACGACGCCUGUGUUAAGGAGCCACCUGCAUCUGACGCACACAUUUCACAUGUGGAUGCAUACAUGGAGACCAAAAAAAAGCCAUUUGGUAGCUGGAGGCACAAAAAGAAAAGUCGCAAUUCUCUGACGUUGUCUCCUCCUUCAUCUCCUGGCCACUCUGAAUCUAGUGACAGAUCAUUUGAUGCUACAGAGGGCGAUCAUCAAUUGCGACCAUAUUCAGUAACUGUAACCUCCACUGAAGAUUUUCAAAUCCUCAGCUCCAACCAAAAGGAAGCCAAUACCAACUUGCAGGAGAAUAUGUCUAGAUCACCAUCUGCAGAAUUGCCUAAGAAAGACAGCACUAAAAAACCUGUUUUGGGGAAGUUCGGGAAUCUUUUUUACUCUACUAAGAAGAAACCGAGCAAAGGUGCCCCUGAGUCUCCUACCAGCCCAACAAAUGAAAAAACAGGGACUUAUAAGUCUUUAGAAAGAAAAAGAGCUCAGGUCUUAGUAGCCUCCAGCUCCAAUGCACACAAUCAGGUUCCUGCUACGCCCAGUGUUGAUUGUGCAUCAGAUCAGCAUUCCCAGCUGGUCCCCGAGCCUACGUCGCCUGUAGAUAAAAGUAUAAAGGUGACUUCUAAUGGAAACGUUGAUAACGAACAUACCAGUGAGAGAAAAGACUCAGCAGUUAAACCAGAAAAGGAUUCAAGGGUAGUAGAGGCAGAAAGUUCAGUUCUUUCCCCUGAAGUUCUUUCGGCCUCUGGUCAAACAUCGACAUUGAGCCCUACUUCUAACGUGGACAGACAAAGCAAUGAGAAGAUUGUCCCACAGUUUAUACGAUCACCUGUAAGGAGAAGUUCCAGUGACAGUGAAGGAAAGUUAGGUGUAAGAAAGGUUUCUCAAGAAAUUCAUAUAGUCAAAAAUGGUUCUCCCAAAGUAUUGACCAAGAAAACUGCCAAAUUCUCCAGCAGAGCAAGCGAUCCAAAAAUUAGAAUAUCUGAAAGAUCUGUUCAAAAAUUGGGAAGCCCAGAAAAAUUUCAUUCAGCAAAAGUAUCCUCACCGGUUGCAUUUAGCAGUGAUAACACAUGCCCAGGCUCCACAAGCGGCAGUAGCAGUUUAAGUGAACCAGUAAGUAUUGGUGACAACUCACCUGCUCGUAGUCCUUCAGAAGGUGAGGUUUUUAUAGAACCCCUAGAGGAAAAUGCUAGUGAGAAUGCAAGAGUUUUAGCAUUUGAUAUCUACCUGAGUAAAAGUGCUGGAACCGAUUCUCAGUCAUCCCUAAACACUUGCAGCAACGGGGACACAGUGGAGAACAGUCCUAAUAUGAGAAAAAUUAACAGAAAGAGACGCUCCCUUAAGUCUCAGAAUAGUCACGAGGAAAAUAAAGCAGAGAACACUGCAUUGCAAGACAAUGUGUUUGAGGAGAGUACCUUUGAGGGGGUUAAGGAGUUUUCAAAGACUCUAGAUGGGGAUCUGACAACUCUGUCACCUGAGUCUAACGGCCCAACCUCACCUACCCAAGAAUUAAAGGCGGGAGCUAAUAACAAAGCGUCGCCCAAGGGUGAAUCAGACAAAGAUAAACAGCAACACCCAGCUUCCAGCCCUGUGAGGAAAAAAAAUGUGUAUGCUCCCUCUUCUCCAACAGAUCGCAGGGCACAUAGUAGAGAUCCUCUGUUCAGAAAUCAGACAGCCUCUGCCAAAGCAAGCGAGUUUAGCCAGCCUGUUCCUGUUUCCACAACAAAAGACUCCUACGUGGAAAAGGUUUCUGAAUCAUUAGCUGGAUAUGCUGGAGAAACUUCAUGUAAUACUGUGGGAGAGAAUAGCAGUGCUACAGCUGUAGGUGGUGUGGACAGGAGGACAAAGCAGCAAAGCAACCAGGGAGAACAGAAAUCUCAAAGCAAUACAAACAAACCUUCUGAUAUAAAUGCAGCAAAAGCGGUUUCUCUGAACGACAACUCCAAAUCUACAGUAACAUCAAAGCUCAACAUCCCUCCAAAACCAAAGAAUGUGGAACUGCCUAUUAAGCCUAAGGUUGUUGAUCAAGUAGAUGAAGAUGCCAUUGCAGCACUCAUCCCUAAAGGAAGCAUUGCAAGCAAAGUUUCUUUAUUUGAGAGUAAAAGAACAAGCCACAAGCAAAUUGAUUUUUAUGCCACAAAGAAUAUUUCCCAGCAAAAGAAAUAUGUUGAAAGAGCCAAACUGAACUUUGGUAAACAGGUAAAAGGGGCUUGGUCAAAAGACAAUAGCUCGUCAAGUAAACCAGCCAGCUAUUCUAGUUUUGGUAAAAAGACUGAAAAUGGUCAUUAUGGAAUAAAGGCAGAUAAAAAGAAAGAAGAAGGCACUGUUGUGACCCCUCCAGGCCAGACGCAGAUGGAAGACAGCAGAAAUGGCUUUGAGUUAGCAGAAUCAGAUAAGCUUUUGAAAGAAAGUAUUUUGCCUUCAGAGAAGAAUGGAAAACAGAAGGAACCUACUUCUGAGCAAACCAGUAAUGUCAAUGUUUUAAGUGAGAGUAUUAGCAAACAGACCAAUGAUUUACAGCUGGAUGGAAAUACCAAAGAUACUUUGUCACAGUUUUCUGAAAAUACUUCUGAUCAUUUAGUUGAGGAUUCAGGUAGUUCAGAAGGUGGUGGUGUUUCACACUUAGACCCUCCCGAUAUGGGCAAUAAACAUAGCUCCAUGAAAGAACCAACCGUUGUAGCUGUUACAAGAGACGAAACCGAUGUGGCUGUAACUAAGGAAUCUAACGCACUGCAUUCAGAUGAUGUAGAUUCAUCUUUACCAUCAACUGUACCAUCUGAAAAAGAUCAGUCACUAUUUAAUGUCAGUAAAGAAAUUACUGAAGUUGAAAGAGAAGCUCAAAAAGCUCCCUCUGAAAGAAAAGAUACAGGCAAGUCACGCAAAGCAAGAAUGGACUCAAAGCAAAUGGGCUCCAAGUCGAAAGACGUUUUAAAUGCUGAUGCCAAAGAAGAUGUUCAAAAACUUAAUACAGAUUCAAGAGAAAUCCAUAAGGUGAAUAGUGAUUUUGUAAAAAAGGAAAUCACAAAUGAUACCUCUCAAGAGUUAACGGAUACAGAGCAAAUGCAAUCCAGUGGGGGAGAGGUUAAGGAAAAAUCUUCAUUACAUGAAAAUCUAGAUGUAUUGAGUUCUGUCACUCACCAGGAAAAGGAAAUCCUACCAAUUACUGGAUCAUUGGCUUUAGAUGCAGUUAUUCCUGCAGGACAGGAACAAUCUACCUCUGUUCAAACCCAUCACCCACAAAACCCUACAAAAGAUGCCACGGAGAAGUUAGAAGGUUCAUCAUAUACUGAAAAUACUUCUCCAGAAAGUGAAGAUAGUGUACACGAGCCUUCACCAAGCCCCCAGCUCGAAUCUGGUGAGUGCUUUGUUCCCAGUAGUUUCUCAAUACAGAACAAGCUUCCAGAAGAAUCUGACAAAGGUCAGCCAUCUAUUAUCCAUCAUGAGAAUGUUUCACCAAAACCAGACAGAGAAAUCUUGUUGGAUGUUACAAACGACACUGUUUCCUGUCCAGAGCCUGCGAAGGUGGAUGGAUCUAUAUAUGAAACAAAUGAACAGCAAGGUGAUUUGAAAAGCACACUAAAUCUUUCAGACACAGAAAAUGUCUCUGACUUACAACUUGUUGUUGAGGCUGGUGAUGAAAUGUCUGAAAAGCACAAGAACACCGAAGUUCAGCAGGUUAAUGUGUUAAAUGGAGAUAAUAUGAGGGAAACUACAGUUUCCAUUGAAGUGAAUAGCAAUGAUUCUGACAUUCCAGACCCUAGUGUACUUCAGAAUGGAGGCCUUUUUGACUCUCGUACCAUUACUUAUACCAAUGAAAGCAUACAACGUACAAGUGAAAAUUUCACUAACCUGCAAGGUAGCCUUGAAAGCAGUUUUAAUGACUCAGUGACAAAUGAGGAAUAUACUUUAGACUCCUCUUCAGACAUGGAAAAGUUUGCUGAAACUAUCAGGAAACUAGAAAGCCCAAUAACAUUGGCUCAGAAGAGAAAAACGCCCAGAGCUCCUAAAUCACCAGGUCCAUAUUGUGGUUUGCCCCCUAUCCGUGAGGAUUACUUGGAAAAGAUAUUGGAUAAUGAGGCAUUCUCCUUCGGCUUAGGAAAGAAAGAUAGAUCAAAGAACCUUGCGCCAAUGGCAUUGUUUAAGAUGCAAAGCAAAGAAACUGCAGAGAAAUUAAGGCCAAAGCGGGCAUCUGCCGAGCAAAGCUUGCUUUUGAAAUCUCUGAGAUCAAAAAGAGAACCACUUUUGAUACCUCAGGAAACGUGUGACAAAGAAAAUGCAGAUGUCACUGAUAUAGCUGUGAAGAGAUCUCGCAUAGAGUCCAUGUAUUCAGGCUUAAAGUCACCCUUUGCAGCAAGGUCUGAAGAGAACGUGUUCUCCCCUUCUAUCACAACAGUCAGCACUAUAACUACCUCCUUUGACACACCCCGGAAGGAGUUUACUCCCUCAAGCAAAAGCUGUGAUCUUACAACUACAGACUCUGUACAGACAGCUCACUCGUCAGUUAGGGAAGGUAAAGGUGCCUCCUCACAGCCGUCUUCAGAAUCUUUGCACAGUGACUCACUAAAGCAGUCAGUACCCAUACCUGUGCAGAGCAUGGACAGCAACGUGGAAAGCAAAAGCCAUACGGAUGGUGGAUUGUCAGAAACACUGCCACAAUCUAAUGGCCACCUAGACGUAAAUCAUUCUACACCUGAAGGGAACAGGACAGUGCCCCUUUUUGACAGCAUUUCAGCACUUGACAAGCCUGCAGAGAUUUUUUAUUUUAAGGGCCAAGAGCAAAACCUUACAAAUAUCCUAGAGGGAUUUUCAUUGAACCAUUCAGAGAAAAUCAACCCUAGACCAGGAAAGGUGAUAAUCUUUACAGAUCCUGAGCAUGGAGAUGCUAUGUUUGAAAUCUUUUCUGAUGUCAUUGAUUGUACUUCUUGGAAGCUUUCACCUUCUAUAUUUAUUAAAACCAUACGAGGAUGCUGGAUUCUUUAUGAACUUCCGAAUUUUGAGGGGCGUACCAUAGCACUGGAGGAAGGAGACAUAGAAGUCACUAGCCCAUGGGGGGAUGAAUCCCAAGAUGAAAAUUCUCGAUCACCAUUUGUCAUUGGUUCUAUAAGACAAGUAGUAAAGGAUUAUAGUGUUUGCCGAAUCGAUCUGUUCACAGAUCCAGAUGGUCUUGGAACUAUGACUUCAUAUAAUGAUGAUACAGAAGAAGUGCAGGUGUAUGGGAGGCUGCAGAGGACCUGUUCCAUUAAAGUGCAUCACGGAGUGUGGCUUAUUUAUGAGGAAUCUGGGUUCCAGGGGGUACCUUUCAUUUUGGAGCCAGCAGAAUAUCCUGAUCUGUCCUUUUUAAACAUCCAGGAAGCAUAUAUUGGCUCAAUGAGGCCUUUGAAAAUGGGAAGCCGCAAGGUUGAAAUCCCCUAUGAACCCAAGAUAGUUAUUUUUGAGAAGCCCAUGUGUGAAGGCAGGCAGGUGGAGCUGGACAAGGAAAUGUUGACACUUCAAAAUCUAGAAAUACUAGAAGGAACUGGAGAAGAGCAAGAAAUGGUGUUUGAUACUGUUGGGUCAAUGAGAGUUCUCAGUGGGUUGUGGGUUGGUUAUGAGAAACCUAGCUAUGAAGGUCACCAAUAUUUGCUUGAAGAAGGUGAUUAUGAUGACUGGAGUCAAUGGGGUGGCUGCAAUGGACUUUUACAAUCGUUACGUCCCAUUUUAUCUGACUUUUCCACGCCACAUAUGGUAAUGUAUAGUGAAAAAGACUUUGACGAGAAGGCAUCAAAUAUCAAUGUGUUGGGUAUAAUAUCAAACAUGGAGGAGACAGGUUUUGGAGUGAAGAUUCAAUCCAUUAAUGUGUUAAGUGGAGUGUGGGUGGCCUAUGAAAGCCCUGACUUUACUGGGGCGCAGUACAUCCUGGAGAAAGGAAUGUAUGCAAACUUCAGUGACUGGGGAGCCAAGAACUACAAGAUUUCCUCACUGCAGCCAAUACACAUGGAAUCCAUUGAAAAUGCAGGACAUUUUAGGGUCGAGCUGUUUUCAGAGGCAGAUUUCAAAGGUCAAAGCCAAUUAUUAGAGGAGGAUUCAGGUAUCAUCGAGGAGUCCUUUAAAGUAAAGUCAUGCAAGGUUACUUCUGGCAGGUGGACUGCAUAUGACCAGGCUGAUUUCUCAGGGAAUUUAUGGGUAUUAGAAGAAGGACGGUACCCUAAUUUAUGUGCUAUGGGAUGUCCACAUGACACAGUUAUUAGAUCUAUGAAGACUAUAAAUUAUGAGUUUUCAGACCCCAGUCUAGUACUUUAUGGAAAAGAGAACUGCAGAGGAAGAAGAGUGAAAUUUAACAAAGAAACAACUGAUUUACAGGCAAUGGGCUACUCUCCAGAUCUACGGUCUCUUGAGGUUCUAGGUGGCAUAUGGGUCUUUUAUGAAUAUGAAAAUUACAGAGGUAGACAACUGCUAAUUUCACCAAGUAAGAUUGCACAGUGGUCGCAAUUCAGCGGAUGGAAUAAAAUUGGAUCUCUGCGUCCAGUUCGACAGAAACGACUGUACUUCAAGCUUCGGAAUAAGGCCAGUGGAAUGCUUAUGUCAACCAAUGGGACCCUGGAUGAUAUCAAACUUCUAAGGAUACAGGUCAUGGAGGACACAGGAGCUGAAGAUCAGAUUUGGGUUUACCAUAAAGGAGUCUUUAGAUGCCGUAUUGCUGAAGACUGCAGCCUGGCUAUUGCUGGAAGUGUUAUAACUACCGGGAGCAAGCUUGGCCUGAGCCUUGAACAGAGUGGAGCAAGCAUGCUGUGGAAAAUCAGCCCGGAUGGCAGGAUCUAUUCUCGCUCCAAGCCCAACUUUGUCUUAGACAUCAAGGGUGGCAGCCAAUAUGAUCAGCAACACAUUGUUCUGAAUCAUGUUACAGAGGGCAAGCUUAGCCAGCUUUGGGAAAUAUGUGUGCUAUAACCAGGCACCACUGUGGACUAGAGGCCAAGAUAUUAUGGCACUCAAUGCUUUUUGGUGCUAUGCACUCUGCACUGCUACUAGGAGUCCUGUAUCCUGCAUAAAAUAAUGUUUACUACCUAAGUACAGACAUGGGUGUGCCCUGGUUCCUAUGUGGAAAUUCAUUCAGGAUGUUUUCUGAUCCCCUGGAUUUGAGUUUUAAAACUUGAAGCAUGUGUAACGACCAGAUGAAUUUCAUGUGAACCUUUAGCUCAUCCCCAAUUAUUGGGGUCAACAUGUGGAAGCAAACCUACAAGAGACUAAUUGGUAGCGACUGUAUACCAGAACAGAUACUUCACCAUGGAAAUGUUAUCAUCUCAAGGAUCUGAACUGUUUUUAUUGGUAGACACUAAAGUGACAAUGUUCAAAGGCCUACAUGUCAAGGGUGUUAUCAAAACCUAAGAGUAUUCAAAAGCCCUGCAGGUUGUAUAAUUCAGAACAUAAUUCAUAGGAGGCUUCAUUCCAUAUGUAUUAUCCUUUAUUCAGCCAGGCUUUUCUUUCUAUAAAUACAUUUUAAUGUGUGUCUUUACAUGGGAUCUAUUAUUUAGAACAUGUGAUACUUUGGAUUCUGCCAUUUGUCUUAAUUUAGAGCAUCUUGUCUAAGGUAGAAUAGAAUACAUAUGGAAAUAUAUCUGCAUUGUUACCCCCAUGAGUUUAGCAGUAUGUCUUUAUAGUAAUAGCACUGCUUGCAGAUUAUGGAUAUUCACAGUCAGGAUUCCUGGACAGUGUUUUUUUUUACUGUUCAACAGAUACUAUGUUGUAAAUGACAGUCUCUCUAAUAUGCACACAUUAUAGCUGCACUUUCGAUUGGUAUAUUGGUGAUAUAGGAUUUUCCCUCUGGAAGCAAGAAAGUAAAUUGGUUCCUCACUAGGCCAUAUUGUUCUUUAUGCCAGCACUGACAUGAACUCGGCACCUUAGGUAGAUUUUCACUGGAAUUAUAAAGUCUUCUUUUAGAAUAUUUAAGUCAAUCUAAGCAGUUCUAUUGAAACCGUAUGUGCCUUAUCAAUUCUAAAAUGUCUUUUAGUAGGGAAAAAUAGAAGGGGUUCCAUGUAAAUCUUGUUUCUGUACGUUUCCUUACAUUUGGUGUUUUUUUUUCUACAAAUGCAACAUUUUGGAAAAUAAAUCAGACAAAUAUAAUUUUAAA